AUUUGCCAAUGCUCAGAUCUUGGCUUCCACCUCUGGAGUGUGCAGUGACCCCAGCACAGACCUGGCCUGCCCAGGGCAGGAAUGAGUGAAGAGCACAGCUGGGCCCUGCUGGGCAAGAGAAGGAGGACUUGGAGAUGGCUGUGCACCAGUGAUGCAGCUUCUAUGAUUCUGUAGCCCAGCUAUGAUUCUAUAGUCCAUCACAAGGUGCUGGAAGGCUACAAGUCAAGAAUGAAUCACAAAAAAAGGACCCUAGCUGCAUUGUGCCUGGAUAAGAAGCUGGAGGAAAGCUGCCCCUGAGGAAGCUACCAAGAUCGUUGGCCUGUCCAUGGAACUGCUGCUGGCAGGGAGAAGGAGAUGUUCACAGCAGCUCCUGCACAGGACACACAGGUGUCUGCUCACAGAAAGCUUGUGCUUGCCAAAGUAACACAGCUAAUCCCCAACACGUGUCCCUGCAUACGCAGACCCUGUACACCUUGACAAGCAGCUGCUCCCCCACUUCCCAGCUGUGCUGGAGAAUGUCUGGAAUGCCUCAUCUCUGUCACCACCACCCAGCAGCCAGGCUGUGGCUGGCCUCCAUCUUUGGCAUCGGGGCUGGGUUUUCCCACAUUCCCCCUGUGCAGUCUAGUGCUGUCCCUUGGGCUGGUCCCCUGGGCUGGCCUCUCUCCCUGAUAUCCACAAGGACAUUUCUGCAGGUGUCAGAGGGGCCCAGCCAGAAGCUCCCCAAACAGAGCCCUGGCAUGCCCAAGGCUGCAGCCAUCCCAGCUCCUCCCUGGGGACCCACUCCUGGUGCAGCCAGACACGGCUCAGGCCUCUCCCUGCCCACAGCCCCUCAGGACAGCUCUGUGGACACUGCUGGGCUCUGGAUCCCACCACUGGUGGCUCUGGGACAGAGAAGCAACAAGUUCCCUUCCGCAGUUUCUGCUCCCCCUGCCAGGGCACCACUGCCAGCCAUCACUGAGAUGUCACCUGCAAUGUCCCCACAGCACAGGCACCACGGUAACAUGCCAGAACAUUCCAUUGGAACCCACAGUUAGCCAUGGCCUGUUGGCUUCUGCCCACUGACUGGGAGAACGAGGUAUGGCUGUGCAGGGCCAAUGAGGGAAGCUUCAGUCCACCUGUGAGAAUAGAAAAGCAAGCUGAUUCCCACAGAAACACCACCCCUUUCUACUCCAGAUGCACUGGGGCAGUGGGCUGACAUGGCUGCUCCUGGCCUUCCAGGACAGGGGGAAAUUGUGCCCUGGGACACUCCCACACAAGCGAUGGAGGACGAGCGGGACAUCCGGAACGGCAGCGACAGACACAAGGCCAAACCAGCAGGCAAAGACAAUCGACUCUUGCCCCUCUGCUUUCCAGAGAAGCUUUGGAAAAUGCUAGAAAGUGACCAGUUUCGGUCCAUUUGGUGGAGUGAGGGUGGAAAAUGCGUGGCCAUCAACAAAGAUCUCUUUGAAGUGGAGGUGCUGGGCAGGGGAGUUUGUCAGCGGGUUUUUAACACACAGCACAUCCGGAGUGUUAUUCGCCAGCUGAACCUCUAUGGAUUCACCAAAGUGCAGCAGGAUUUCGAAAGAUCUGCCUCUCUGCCUGAAUUCCUGGCAGAGGAAGCAGCGGCUUCUGCUCACAGCCAGGUCCUCUACUACUAUAACCCCAGGUUCAACAGAGCACAUCCCUGGCUGCUGGGAACAUGCAAAAGGAGAGCUGCCCUCAAACAGAAAGGCCUGUGUGCAGCAGGGUUGGAUGAAAGGCCCCUCCAGAAGCCCAGAGGGUCAGUGUGGAGGGACAUGCAGGUGUCAGCUGAAGCCCAUCCCUCUCCACUGGCAGCUGCUCCCAUGCUUCUAGAGCCUCCUGGAGCACUUAUAGAUAUAAAGUCUAAUAGAGUUGAUAAUAAACUGUUUGAACAGUAAA